UCCUGCGGGCCUCCCCCACUGCCGCGCAGCCCCAUGGAACUGAAGAGUCUGGAGUACAGGCCAGUGAAGGUCAGGGGGCGCUUCGACCACUCCAAGGAGCUGUACAUGAUGCCUCGGACGAUGGUGGACCCGGCCCGGGAGGCCCGUGAGGCCGGCCGCCUCUCCUCCUCGCCGGAGAGCGGGGCCUACGUGGUCACCCCCUUCCGCUGCACUGAGCUGGGAACGACCAUCCUGGUAAACAGAGGGUUCGUUCCCAGGAAGAAGGUGAACCCGGACUCGCGGCAGAAAGGCCAGAUUGAGGGCGAGGUGGACCUAGUCGGGAUGGUGAGGCUGACAGAAGCCAGGAAACCCUUUGUCCCGGAGAACAAUCCUGAAAGCAACCACUGGCAUUACCGGGACGUGGAGGCCAUGGCCAGGCUCACAGGAGCGGACCCCGUGUUCAUCGAUGCCGACCUCCAGAGCACAGUCCCCGGGGGACCCAUCGGAGGGCAAACCCGAGUCACUCUGAGGAAUGAGCACAUGCAGUACAUCGUCACCUGGUAUGGACUCUGCGCAGCCACAUCAUACCUGUGGGCUCAGAAAUUCCUACGCCGGACUCCUGGUGUGUGAGACUAGCGGGUGUAGCCCUUCCCCCAAGUCCUGAGCAAGCGGCCGAUUCCCGGAGAAUGGUUUUCAUGUGGGAUCAGGUGCCGCUGGCACAAAUAAACCUCCGUGCUACACGCUG